CUCUCUCUCUCUCUCUUUCUCUUGUGUCUGUCUGGUAGCAAUUAUUUUGGCUAAAAAUCUCUUUGUAUCCACCACCACCACUCCAAGCCAAAGUCAAAUAGUGUUUCUUCUCCACUCACAAAGGCUCCUGCCUCUUUCUUCUGAGCUUCCAGAUCUAGCAUGCAGGCCUUCCAGACCUACUCCCCCUCUGAGAUCUCACUCCACACCACUAAGAAAGACUGCUGGUUGUCCAUCCAUGGCAAGGUUUAUGAUGUGACCACCUUCUUGGAGGAUCAUCCUGGAGGGGAGGAUGUUAUCCUUCAUGCAUCAGCUUCUGGAGAUGCUACCCAAGCAUUUGAUGAUGUGGGUCACAGCUCCACUGCCACUAGCAUGAUGGAGAGCUAUGUGAUCGGCACUGUCGAGGGUUAUGUUUCCGGCAUCAAACCAACCAGCAGACACUGGCUUUCGAAGCAGGAGCAGCCACCCCCUUCCUACAGCUUCACGGACUACCUCCUUCCACUGCUGGUCCUUGGCAUCGCCUUUGCAGCUUGGUAUUACCUCACCUUCUAUUCAAAGGCCAAAGCCUGAUCAACACACAAAAGCUCUUCUUGUUGUUGAGAAUAAUUGAGAGCCAUAUGGAGUAAGGGGGUGCUUAUUGAUGAUGCAUACUUUUUGUAAGAGUGAGGAAGAGUGCUAUAAUUCCUACUAGUUCACAAACCACCCAAAUAUUCUGUUUCUGAGAAACUAUUUGAAGAAUUGCAUGAUUAAGAACCGAUCGAGCUGAUUUAAUAAUCUGGGCAAGCUUAUUAAAAAA